GCUCUCCACCGAGGCCGUGGCUGCCCUCUGCCGCCAGCAACCGGGCCUCACCUCCCUGGACCUCAGUGGCUGCUCAGAGCUGGCGGAUGGGGCCCUGCUGGCUGUGAGCCGGGGCCUGCGACACCUGAGGCACCUGAGCCUGAGGAAGCUGCAGCGGCUGACGGAUGCAGGAUGCACUGCUCUGGGGGCCCUGCGGGAGCUGCAGAGCCUCGACAUGGCUGAGUGCAGCCUCGUGAGCGGGCGGGAACUGGCGCAGGCCCUGGGCGCAGUGCACCGCGCUCCACCGCCCCUGGUCUCCCUCAGCCUGGCCCACUGCUCCUCACUCAAGGAUGCUUUCGUGCUCUCCUUGAUCUCCAUGUUGGGUCCAAGCCUCAGGGUGCUGGACUUAUCCUCCUGCGUGGCCCUCACCAGUCGGACAGUGCAGGCCAUUUGCACCCACCUCCCGCACCUCUCAGUCCUGCGUCUGGCCUGGUGCAAGGAGCUCCGUGACUGGGGCCUUUUGGGGCUGGAGGAACCAAGUGAGGAGCCUAAACAGAGAGCCACUGAAGAACAGGAGGCGUUGGAGCGGCUUCCACAGCUACGGGGGGCCCUGUCGCCACCACAGCAGGGACGGACCCUGCUAGCACUGCAGGCCCUGCAGCAGCUGGACCUCACCGCCUGCAGCCAGCUGACGGAUGCCAGCUUGGCCAAGGUGCUCCAGUUCCCCCAACUGAGGCAGCUGUCUCUAAGCCUGCUGCCCGCACUCACAGACAAGGGCUUGGUGGCUGUGGCCUUGGGCUGCCCCAGCCUGGAGCGCUUGGCCUUGAGCCACUGCAACCUCCUGAGCGAUGAGGGCUGGGCCCAGGCCGUGGGCUCCUGGCCACGGCUGCAGCACCUCAACCUCUCCAGCUGCAGUCAGCUCACAGAGCGGACUCUGGCUGCCACGGCACAGGUCUGCAGGCAGCUCCAAGUGCUGGACGUGUCUAUGUGUUCCCGCAUCAGCAUGGCCGCGGUCAAGCGCUUCCAAGGGCAGCUCCCCCAGGUGACCUGUGUCCAGUCCCGCUUUGUGGGAGGCGCAGACCUGACCCUGACGCUCUGA